AGCACAUACUCGAAAAUUGGAAAUUUCUUCGACAUUACCCAUACCUGCGACAUCCAAGCCUGAUAUGAGGUUCCACAAAAUUGCUGUCAUUCCGGGCGAUGGGAUCGGCAUAGAGGUAACGGCUGCGGCGAUGAAAGCUAUCACUGCGGUUCAAAAGCGCCUGGGUGGAUUUGCGAUCGACGCCGUCGAACUGGAUUACAGUAGCGCCCGAUACAAGUCUACUGGCUCAUACGCUCCGCCCGGCUGGCUCGAAGACCUUCGACAAUACUCUGCCAUCAUGUUCGGGGCGGUUGGAGACCCGGACGUUCCGGACCACAUCUCGCUCUGGGAGCUCAUCCUUCCCAUGCGUCAAAAGUUCCAGCAGUUCGUCAACGUUCGUCCCUGUACGAUCUACGAAGGCAUGCAAGCACCCACUUUGAAAGCUCAGAGCGGGGAGGAUCUGGAUUGGGUUAUCUUGAGGGAAAACACUGAGGGCGAGUAUGCGGGACAAGGUGGGAGGACCCAUGUUGGGACACCCAUGGAGGUCGCUACCGAGGUCGCCAUCUUCACGAGGAUGGGUAUCGAGCGCUUCAUGAGGUUUGCUUUCGCAACUGCGGCGAAGAGGCCAAAGAAGCUCUUGACCAUCGUGACCAAGAGCAAUGCGCAGCGAUACGGACUUACCCUAUGGGACGAGGUCGCGGAGAUCGUUUCGGCGGACUACCCCGAAGUAAAGUGGGACAAGAUGCUCGUGGACGCAAUGACCGUUCGGAUGAUCGCCAAGCCCAGAACGCUCGACACGAUCGUCACGACCAAUUUGCAGGGAGACAUUCUGUCCGACCUCGCCGCAGGCCUGUGUGGAUCAAUCGGAAUCGCUCCCUCUUCCUCGCUGGACCCGACCCGAACAUGUCCCUCCCUAUUCGAACCCGUUCAUGGUGCUGCCUUCGAUAUUAUGGGUAAGAACCUGGCGAAUCCGGUGGCCGCGAUGCUCUCGGCGGUUGAGAUGCUUAAGUGGUUGGGAGAGCAAGAAGCCGCCUUCACGCUGGAACGGGCGGUCCGCAAAAGCUUGAAAGAAGGGCAGACGACGGGAGAUUUGGGAGGGAAGCUGAGCACAUCCGAGGUCGCCGAGCAAAUCUGUAGCUAUAUCGAGCAGGAAUGAAGACUCGACAAGAAACGUCGAGACAGAUGAGCAGAGAUAUGACCCGAGACGAUUCGUCAUCAAUCCUCCGACCGUUACGAG